CGGUCCGCAGUGCUGCUGGCUCCGGGGAUGGACGCCCCCGCCGCCCCGGCCCCCGCCGCCUCGGGCCCGGGCAGGAAGGAGCUGAAGAUAGUGAUCGUGGGGGACGGUGGCUGCGGCAAGACGUCGCUCCUCAUGGUGUUCAGCCAGGGCGCCUUUCCCGAGCACUACGCGCCCUCGGUGUUUGAGAAGUACUCGGCCAGCGUGACGGUGGGCAGCAAGGAGGUGACCCUGAACCUCUAUGACACGGCCGCACUUGGUGGUGAUCAGCCCAGCUCGGAGCAUGUGGGCGGCCCCACCCCAGGCCAUCGGGGGCUCUGGGUCACAGGGACCUGUCUCUGACACAGGGCAGGAGGACUACGACCGGCUUCGGCCACUCUCCUACCAGAACACCCACCUCGUGCUCAUAUGCUAUGACGUCAUGAACCCCAUCAGCUAUGACAACGUCCUCAUCAAGUGGUUCCCAGAGGUCACGCAUUUCUGCCGUGGGACCCCCAUGGUGCUCAUUGGCUGCAAGACCGACCUUCGGAAGGACAAGGAGCAGCUGCGGAAGCUUCGGGCAGCCCAGCUGGAGCCCAUCACCUACAAUCAGGGCCUGAGCGCCUGCCAGCAGAUCCGCGCCGCACUCUACCUCGAGUGCUCGGCCAAGUUCCGCGAGAACGUGGAGGACGUGUUCCGGGAGGCCGCCAAGGUGGCGCUCAGCGCGCUAAAGAAGGCGCAGCGGCAGAAACAGCGCCGCCUCUGCGUGCUGCUGUGACCACUCGGGCGGCCCUGGGCUGAGGGCGUGACCCGCCCAGGACUGGACGUCCUCAGACUCACCUGUGGGCCCGCGCUUCACGGGAUGGCCGGGAGGGUCCCUGUACGGGCCAGCCCUUGUCCCCAAGACCCCGCCCUCCGCAUGUGUCCCCUGUGCACACCCAACUCGUGCGUGGAACUUGGAAGACACCAGGUACCUGGGUAAACGUGGGCUUGGCUCCGCACAGGCACCCGAGCCCACUGCUCCCCGGUGCCCGCCUCCCUGGGCUCCCGAGAUAGGCAGACUGCAUCCUCCUGCCUCUUCCUCCUUCCCCCGGGGAGCUCAGGAAGGGCCUAUCGGGACAACACAGGCAGCAGCCCCGGAUGUGCGGCUGGCACCAGUCAACCCCUCCUCCUCCAUCCCACACAGAGGGCCUCAGCAGAGCCACUGUCUGUUCAGAGCUGGGUACAUGUGCUCGGGGCAAAAAACAACCUGGAAACGUCGAGUGUUCCCUGGGCCACUCGUUGGACCCUGCUCCAGGUCUCCACCCCCGACAGCGCCCUGUUGGGGACAGGAUGAGAGUCUCGCCUCACAGAGCUGACAGUGUCCUGUUCAAGCCAGGGUCAGGCCAUUUACACAGUCAAGCGCCCGCGCAUGUGCACUUCUAGCUGUGAGCUAACAACCGAUGCCAGCAGACCCGCCCACGCGGGACGGCUUACGGAGCGCUGCGGUCCUGACAGCCACAUUCUGGAGCCGCCCCCAAUCUCCUUGCCGAAGGUCUAGGAUCGGGACCUGAAGAAAAAACCACGGGCUUGGCCGGUGCCUCUCCAGGACCUCCUGCCUCAGCCUCCCUCUGCUGGCCAGACCAAGUCAGGCUGCUGGGGAAGACGACUUCUGAAGCCCCACCCCUGGGGAGGGAACCAAAUGAUCUGUGGAGCAGAAACCAGCAGACUACAGCCUGUAGGCCACACCUGGCCACUACCUACUUUUGUAAAUAAAGUUUUAUUGGCACGUGGCCACACCCA